AUGGGCUUUCUGAGAGUGCCUCAACCAAUCCUCCAAAGAUGGGUAGCCGGCCGUUCGCUUUGGCCCCUUGGAAAUAAUCAUCGCAGCAAUGCAUGUAAAGAUGUGGGCAGAGCCUUUUACUGUUCGACUGUGAAUCCAUGGAUGGGCUCCAAGCAAAAGGUGGGAAUUGGUGGCAACAAUUGGUCUCGCAUGGAUCCAUUGCAAUAUCAACGAGUGAUUGCCAAGGGACUGGAACAUGGCGUCACCGUCAUGGAAGCAGGUCAAGAAGGAGGUGAUAAAGCACUGGCAGAAGCGUACCAUGCAGCCGUUGCAGCAGCAUCACAAGACGACAACAAGGAACCACUGACAGUCACCAUGAGAAUUGGUUAUCGAACCAUCAUGCCAAAUGAUGAGGAAAAUCAAGCAGCACAACAAGAACCAUUCCCGGGAGAUGUCUCGGUGGAACAGCAUCCCUUUUUAGGCCCCAACCGAACAAUGACGCCGCUAGAUGAAGAUCAUCCACCACCAUCACCUGCGGCCACUGCGGCAGGGGAUAGUAACAACAACAAUAGUACAGAAGAUGGAUCCAACCAAAUGAUUCAAAUCCUGCACAAUACCGGACAAGAAUACAUUCAAAACCAAUUGAAUACUUCUCCCUUGGUACAAGAAUUUCAAAAGAAUAUUGACAAUAACAACUUGCAAGUUGUGGCAUUGCUGCACAAUCCAGAAGCUCAAAUUAUGCAAAUGGCACAAGAUCCAGAUAUUGAUAUCAACCAAGUAUCCAUUGCACAACGACAAGAAUUCUUAAAAGACAAAUUGAUCGAUGCAUUUUGUGCCAUGGAACAGGCAGUCGCCAAUCAACAAAUAUCCGGAUACGGAAUUGUCAGCAAUGGCUUGGUAUUGCCGCCAGAACAUCCAUUGGCAUUGGACGUCAACACAAUCCUACAAGCAGUACAAGGCACCAUGGAACAAAUGAAUCAACAUCAGUGUCAUUUAUCCGUCAUUCAGUUGCCCAUUAAUCUCAUGGAACGAACCGGAUUGGACGCGGCACGGGAACUAUACGCCAAAGUACAACAACAAGAAGAACCGCACUACUUGAAAGAUUCGUUGGAAAUAUAUGCCAUGCGUCCCAUGACGUGCUAUCCCGAUCGAGGGACCGGAACCGGACAUGCCUUUCGAUUGGUCGAUUACUUGCUUCCCACGGGGCCACAAGAAGAAGAUGAAGACGACAGCAAUGAUAAUGACAAGGAUCAGGAGGUCAAGACGGGAGCAGAACAACUAGAAGAACAAGACGUGCCCAAAGAACUCUCGGUGGAAGAAUUGGCAUCCAAACAAUGGUCCAAUCAAAUGAGUGGGCCACCACUGAUCUACUCGAUUGCCCUUCGAAAGGCCAUGGGACACUUUGAUGCCUCGCACCUAUUGGAGGAAAAAAUGAAUCGAGAAUUGAUCUGCGAAGAACGGGAAACUCUGGAUGGAUGUCGUUUGCUUCAAAGCAUGCUGCACGAUUUGGAUGUAGGAUUGGCCGAAGUGCGAUCGUUGGGGGCGCACGAGGAACACCUCUAUCAACGCAUCAUUCCACUCAUACACGAUACAUUCGAAGGAUACGACGAAGAAACAGCCGAUGUCUUGGAAAUGUUCUUCAAAUCCUAUUCCCUGGCGGUUCGAUACUCGAUUGCUCGCAACACACGACAGCUGCUUCAAAGUGGUGGAGACGAUGGUCAAGGGUAUCGCUACGAGGAUAUCCCUCAAGACGAAAAGCUACAAGACUACGCUCUCAAGUACCUGCUCAAAGAAAAAGCCAUUUCCAAGGUGAUUGUGGGGGCUACCAAGCCAGAACACGUGGUCGAUCUCGUGACAUUAUGUCAUAGAUUUGACGAUGAACUGGAGAAAGAAGCUGGCGAGAAAGAAGAAUAG